AUGCGUCCCGAAGUCGAGCAAGAGCUUGCCCAUACUCUCCUUGUGGAGCUCCUUGCCUACCAAUUCGCCUCACCCGUGCGGUGGAUUGAGACCCAAGAUGUUUUCCUCGCCGAAAAGACCGCCGAGAGGGUGGUUGAAAUCGGUCCCGCUGAUACCCUUGGUGUGAUGGCCAAGCGCACCCUCGCCUCAAAGUACGAAGCCUACGAUGCCGCCAAGUCAGUCCAGCGUCAAAUCCUCUGCUACAACAAGGAUGCAAAGGAAAUUUACUACGAGGCCGACCCUAUCGAGGAGGAGCCAGAGCCUGCUGCCGCUUCAUCUAGCGCGCCGGCCGCUGCUUCUUCCUCUGCCCCUGCGGCUGCUGCCGCUCCCGCUGUUGCCGCUCCCCCGCCCAGCGCCGGCCCUGCCGCUCAGGUUGCCGACGCCCCCGUUCAGGCUAUCGAUAUUCUGCGAGCUCUUAUUGCUCAGAAGCUCAAGAAGCCCUUGGCUGAGGUCCCCUUGAGCAAGGCCAUCAAGGACCUUGUUGGCGGUAAAUCCACCCUUCAGAACGAAAUCCUUGGUGACCUCGGCAAGGAAUUUGGAUCAACACCAGAGAAGCCUGAAGAUGUUCCUCUUGACGAGCUCGGUUCCUCCAUGCAGGCCACCUUCGAUGGCCAGCUCGGCAAGCAAUCUCAGGCUCUUAUUGCCCGCUUAAUCUCCUCCAAGAUGCCCGGUGGCUUCAACAUCACGGCCGCGAGAAAAUACCUCGAGACAAGAUGGGGCUUGGCUUCAGGAAGACAAGACGGCACUCUUCUGCUUGCUCUGACCAUGGAGCCUGCUGCCCGUUUGGGAUCCGAGGCGGACGCCAAGGCUUUCCUGGACGACGUCACCCAGAAGUAUGCUGUUACCGCCGGUAUUAGCUUGACCACUCCUCAAGCUGGCGCUGCGGCUGGCGGCUCUGGUGGUGGCAUGAUGAUGGACCCCGCGGCUAUCGAUGCUCUCACCAAGGACCAGCGCGCCCUCUUCAAGCAGCAGCUCGAGCUCCUCGCGAGAUACCUCAAGCUGGAUCUCCGUGCCGGCGACAAGGCCUACCUCAACUCUCAGGAGUCCGAGAAGGUCCUCCAGUCUCAGAUCGACCUCUGGACUGCAGAGCACGGCGACUUCUACGCUGCCGGCAUUCAACCCGUCUUCAGCUCCCUCAAGGCUCGCUCCUACGAUUCGUCCUGGAACUGGGCACGCCAAGAUGCCCUCCACAUGUAUUAUGACAUCAUUUUCGGCCGCCUCAAGGCUGUCGACCGUGAGAUUGUCAGCCAGUGCAUCCGCAUCAUGAACCGCUCCAACCCCACCCUCGUUGAGUUCAUGCAGUACCACAUUGAUAACUGCCCUGCGGAGCGCGGAGAGACGUACAAGCUCGCCAAGGAGCUCGGUGAGCAGCUCAUUGAGAACUGCAAAGAGGUCCUCAACGCCAACCCCGUCUACAAGGACGUUGCCGUUCCCACCGGUCCCCAGACCACAGUCGACGCUCGCGGUAACCUCAACUACGAGGAAGUCCCCCGUGCCAGCUGCCGCAAGCUGGAGCACUACGUCCAGCAGAUGGCUGAAGGCGGUAAGAUUUCCGAGUACGGCAACCGCACCAAGGUUCAGAACGAUCUGCGCCGCAUCUACAAGCUCAUCAAGGAGCAGCACAAGAUGUCCAAGACUUCGCAGCUCGAGAUUAAAAACCUCUACGGCGAUGUUCUGCGUUCUCUCGCGAUGAAUGAGAACCAGAUCAUUCCCAACGAGGAUAGCCCCUCCAAGAAGGCCAAGCCCGGCAAGGUCGAGACCAUUCCCUUCUUGCACCUCAAGCGGAAGAGCCUUCACGGCUGGGACUACAGUAAGAAGCUCACCGGCUACUACUUGCAGUCUCUUGAGGAGGCCGCUAAGGAUGGUGUCACCUUCGCUGGCAAGCACGCCCUUAUGACUGGUGCCGGCGCCGGCUCCAUCGGUGCCGAGGUCCUGCAGGGUCUUAUCAGCGGUGGUGCCAAGGUUGUCGUGACCACCAGCAGAUUCUCUCGCGAGGUCACUGAAUACUACCAGUCCAUGUACACCCGUUUCGGUGCUCGUGGCUCCCAGCUUGUUGUUGUGCCCUUCAACCAGGGUAGCAAGCAGGACUGUGAGGCUCUCAUCGAUUACAUCUACGACCCCAAGAACGGCCUCGGCUGGGAUCUGGACUUCAUCGUGCCUUUCGCUGCCAUCCCUGAGAACGGCCGCCAGAUCGACCAGAUUGACUCCCGAUCUGAGCUGGCUCACCGCAUCAUGUUGACCAACUUGCUCCGCAUCCUCGGAAGCGUCAAGACCCAGAAGGCCGACCGUGGCUUCGAGACCCGCCCUGCCCAGGUUGUCCUGCCUCUUUCCCCCAACCACGGCACCUUUGGUAACGAUGGUCUUUACUCCGAGUCCAAGCUUGCGCUGGAGACUCUCUUCAACAGAUGGCACUCUGAGGACUGGGGUCAGUACCUCACCAUUUGCGGUGCCGUCAUUGGCUGGACUCGUGGCACCGGUCUUAUGAGCGGCAACAACGUUGUUGCCGAGGGUGUCGAGGCUUUUGGCGUUCGCACCUUCUCCCAGCAGGAGAUGGCUUUCAACCUCUUGGGUCUCAUGUCGCCUGCUGUUGUUGACCUCUGCCAGAGCGAGCCUGUCUUCGCUGACCUGAACGGUGGUCUCCAGUUUAUCCCCGACCUCAACCAGACCAUGACCAAGCUUCGCAAGGAUAUCAUGGAGACCAGCGAGGUCCGCCGUGCUGUCACGAAGGAGACUGCUAUUGAGAACAAGGUUGUCAACGGUCCCAACUCUGAGGCUCUGUACAAGAAGACACUUGUUGAACCCCGUGCCAACCUCAAGUUCGACUUCCCUACCCUGCCUGAUUGGGAGGAGGAGAUUGCUCCCCUCAACGACCGCCUCAAGGGCAUGGUUGACUUGGAGAAGGUUGUCGUCGUCACCGGUUUUGCCGAAGUUGGUCCUUGGGGUAACUCCCGUACCCGUUGGGAGAUGGAGGCUCACGGCGAGUUCUCUCUCGAGGGUUGCGUUGAGAUGGCCUGGAUCAUGGGUCUGAUCAAGAACCACAACGGUCCCAUCAAGGGCAAGCCUGCUCCCUACUCCGGCUGGGUCGAUGCCAAGACUGGCGAGCCCGUCGAUGACAAGGACAUCAAGCAGAAGUACGAGAAGUACAUCCUCGAGCACUCGGGUAUCCGUCUGAUUGAGCCUGAGCUCUUUGGCGGCUACGAUCCCGAGCAGAAGCAGCUUCUUCAUGAGGUUGUCAUCGAGGAGGACCUCGAGCCCUUCGAGGCGUCCAAGGAGACUGCCGAGGAGUUCAAGCGUGAGCACGGCGACAAGGUCGAGAUCUUCGAGAUCCCUGAGUCUGGCGAGUACAUUGUCCGCAUGAAGAAGGGGGCCGCUCUGUUGAUCCCCAAGGCUCUCCGCUUCGACAGACUCGUCGCUGGCCAGAUCCCCACUGGGUGGGACGCCAAGAGAUAUGGUGUUCCCGAGGACAUCGUCUCCCAGGUCGACCCUGUCACGCUCUUCGUCCUCGUUUCCGUAGCCGAGACUCUGCUGUCGGCCGGUAUCACCGACCCCUACGAGUUCUACAAGUACGUCCACGUUUCUGAGGUGGGCAACUGUAUCGGAUCCGGUAUGGGAGGAGCCGGCGCUCUCCGCGGCAUGCACAGAGACCGUUACCUGGACAAGCCUGUCCAGAAUGACAUUCUCCAGGAGUCAUUCAUCAACACCAUGGCCGCUUGGGUUAACAUGCUGUUGAUCUCUUCCUCCGGUCCCAUCAAGACCCCCGUCGGUGCUUGCGCCACCGCUGUCGAGUCCGUCGAUAUCGGUUACGAGACCAUCAUGGAAGGCAAGGCUCGCAUCGUCUUCGUCGGUGGUUUCGAUGACUUCGGUGAGGAGGGCUCUUACGAGUUCGCCAACAUGAAGGCCACCAGCAACGCCGUUGAUGAGAUUGCCCACGGCCGCACCCCCGGCGAGAUGUCGCGUCCCACCACCACCACUCGUAAUGGAUUCAUGGAGUCCCAGGGUUGCGGUGUCCAGCUGAUCAUGACCGCCAAGCUCGCCCUUGACAUGGGCAUGCCCAUCCACGGUAUUCUGGCUUUGACCACCACUGCCACCGACAAGAUUGGCCGAUCCGUUCCCGCUCCUGGCCAAGGUGUGUUGACCACUGCCCGCGAGCACGCCGGCAAGUUCCCCUCGCCUCUGCUCGACAUCAAUUACCGUCGCCGCCAGAUCGAGCUCCGCAAGAAGCAGAUCAAGCAGUGGCAAGAGUCUGAGCUCGAAUACCUCUACGACGAGGUCGAGGCCAUCAAGGCUCAGGGCCAGGAGGUCAACGAGAAGGAGUACGCUCACGACCGCGCCGAGCACAUCAAGAAGGAGGCAGAGCGCCAAGAGAAGGAUGUCCUGCGCAGCCUCGGCAACAACUUCUGGAAGAACAACCCGGAGAUUGCUCCUCUUCGUGGUGCCCUCGCUACCUGGGGUCUCACCAUCGACGACCUCGAGGUCGCUUCUUUCCACGGAACCUCAACCAAGGCCAACGACAAGAACGAGUCUUCCGUCAUCUGCCAACAGCUCCGCCACCUCGGCCGCAAGAAGGGCAACGCUGUCAUGGGUAUCUUCCAGAAGUACCUCACUGGUCACCCCAAGGGUGCUGCCGGUGCCUGGAUGAUGAACGGCUGCUUGCAGGUGCUCAACACCGGUUUGGUUCCGGGCAACCGCAAUGCCGACAACGUCGAUCCCAUUAUGGAGCAGUUUGACAUGAUUGUUUACCCCAGCCGCACCAUCCAGACCGAUGGUAUCAAGGCCUUCUCCGUCACCUCUUUCGGUUUCGGUCAGAAGGGUGCUCAGGCCAUCGGUGUCCACCCCAAGUACCUCUUCGCUACCCUGGACGAGAAGACGUACGAGGAGUACUCGGCCAAGGUCAACGCUCGCCAAAAGAAGGCUUACAGCUUCUUCCACAAGGGCCUGGUCAACAACACGCUCUUCGUGCCCAAGUCCAACGCUCCGUACACGGAUGAGCAGCUCAGCAAGGUUCUCCUGAACCCUGAUGCUCGCGUCACCGAGGACAAGAAGACCUCGACCAUCUCUUACCCCUCCAACUUCAUGAAGGCAUCUGAGAAGACUGUCACCUCCACGGCGGCCAAGGCCACCCAGGACAUGAUGGAGGGUUUGGCCAAGAAGGUUGUCAACAAGAACAGCAACGUCGGUGUUGACGUUGAGGACAUAUCUGCCAUCAACAUUGAGAACGAGACGUUCAUUGAGCGCAACUUCACCGCCGGUGAGAUCAAGUACUGCCAGGCCGCAGCCAGCCCCCAGAGCUCAUUCGCUGGCCGGUGGAGCGCAAAGGAGGCCGUCUUCAAGUCGCUUGGCGUCUCUAGCAAGGGUGCCGGUGCGCCGCUGAAGGACAUUGAGAUUGCCAAGGAUGAGUCAGGCGCCCCGUUGGUCAAGCUCCACGGCGAAGCAGCUGCUGCCGCCAAGAAGGUUGGCCUUUCGGACAUUAGCGUCUCGAUUUCACACUCGGAGACGCAAGCGAUUGCGGUGGCCGUGGCGAACUUUUAA